CAGCACAGGGGUAUUGAGCUCUGCGGUUAGUCACCUGCCCCUUGUGCAAUGAAAAACUGUGCUUUUAUUAUGGCACGCCCGAUACCUAACCCGGAUGUACUUUAGAGUAGGCUAGCUAGUUAGCGGCAACGGUGGAAAGAAGGUAAACAACCUGGAUGUUGACCUCCUGCACAGGACAACCCAUGUGGCCCCUCUGACAUCCUGAUCCGAUCUGAUGUGAUCCCCCAGUCCUCUUGACACUGAAACCAUGUCCAGCCAGAAAGCAGUUUCGCCCCCUCUACGCUUCGGCCAGGUGGUCAUCGGACCCCCAGGCUCAGGAAAAACCACUUAUUGCCAAGGAAUGCAGGAGUUCCUUACUCACCUGGGACGCAAGGUGGUUGUGGUGAACAUGGACCCUGCCAACGAAGGACUACCAUAUUCCUGUGCGGUAGAUAUCUCCGAGCUGGUCACGCUGGACGAUGUCAUGGAAGGCUUGAAGCUUGGACCUAACGGUGGGCUCCUCUACAGUAUGGAGUAUGUCGAAGCAAAUCUGGACUGGUUAGAGAACAAGAUGAAACAGUACAGUGACUGUUACUUCUUGUUUGACUGUCCUGGACAAGUGGAGCUGUACACUCACCAGAGCUCAGUAAAGAAUAUAUUUUCACAGUUGGCCAAGUGGAACUUCAGGCUAACAGCAGUGCACCUUGUGGACUCUCAUUACUGCGCUGACCCAGCCAAGUUCAUCUCUGUUCUGUGUACCUCCCUGUCCACCAUGCUGCACGUGGAGCUUCCUCACGUCAAUGUCCUCUCCAAGAUGGACUUGAUUGAACAGUAUGGCAAACUGGCCUUCAACCUUGACUUCUACACAGAGGUCAUGGACCUGAGCUAUCUUCUCGAUCAUCUGGCCGCAGACCCCUUCUUUAAAAAAUUUCGUCUUCUGAAUGAAAAGUUGGCAGAGGUCAUUCAAGAUUACAGCCUUGUUUCUUUUGUGCCCCUCAAUGUGCAGGACAAAGACAGCAUGACUCAGGUGUUACGAGCAGUGGACAAGGCCAAUGGCUACUGCUUUGGAGACCUGGAGGAGAGGAAUCUGCAGGCCAUGAUGUCAGCUGCUGUGGGGGCAGACUUCCAGUUCGACUCUACUCUUAGAGUGCAAGAGCGGUACGUUGAAACCGGUGGAAAGACUGUUGAGGAGGAGAUGAUGGACCUGUAAAUUGAAAAAGCCGAAUAAAAGGACAAAAGUGGUUGCCUUAUUUGCACCAGUAUGCCACGGGAGUCUUGGCAACAUCCAUUUCACUUGGCCUGAAUUCUGAGCCUCUUUACAAAAGCAGAGGAGAGACGGGAACUAAAUCUGGGUGCUGAAGAUGCUUCAAGGUUGCGCUACCCCUCAUAAAAAAUCACAACAAGGACGACUGAAGGGAGUACAUGCUGAGCUUUUCUUCAGCAGAGCAAUGUGAUUAAUUGUAUUUCUCAGUAGAUGACAAUAAGGAAAUCUUCAGUAUAUUUUUUUAAAACGUGUCAAAUGUAAAAGCACUUGUGGAUUUUUUCUAAUGUAUUUUAGGGAAAACUCCACAGUAUACAUCCAGGGCUGCAGGUCUAUGCCGUCAUAUUGAUUCUGAACACAAUAAAUUGAUCCCUAUUAAAAUAGA